AAUAUUAAAAUCAAAGAAAUAAUUGGAGUUCUAUUGUGAAAAUUAUAAUAUUUAAUAAUGUCAUUCUUACCAGUAAUGUUACGUUCAAUGGGUUGGCAAUUGCGCCAACAAAAUGAAAUAUUGCGUCACUUUUUACGUGAUGAUAAUGUUAUGAUGAAAGGAUUUUUUACACCAGAAGAAAUAAAGUUUUUCUCAAAUCCUUUUCCAACAUUUAGUGGUAUGAGAGUAGCCGAAAAUAACUCAAAUAAUAUGGAAACUCAAGCAAUCGUUGACAAAGAUGGAUUCAAAUUAAGUAUAGAUGUUCAACAAUUUGAACCAAAUGAAGUAACAGUUAAAACAGUUGGAAAUACGGUUGUAAUUGAAGGAAAACAUGAAGAACGUCCUGAUGAAAAUGGUUUAAUAUCACGUCAAUUUAUUAGAAAAUAUACAGUACCCGAAAAUUGUAAUAUUAAAGAUUUAAUAUCAACAUUAUCAUCUGAUGGAAUUUUAACAGUUAAAGCACCAUCAUUAGAAAAGCUUGAAGAAAAUAAUGAACGUGUUGUUAAAAUAGAGCAAACUGGUGAAUUACAUCGUAAAGAAACACCAGAAAAGGAAAAAGACAAUAAUAAAUAAGAUUUUAACAAUUUUCAUUAUAUAUGUACUCAUAGUUUGUAAUAAUUAUAAUAUUGUGUAUUAGAGACACUUUAAAGUUUGAUUAGAUUAUAUAAUUUAAAUUUAAUGUCUUUAAUA